AGAUGCUUGAAGUCUCGGUUCUGAAGAUUGAAGAUCCAACUUGCUUCUGGGUUAUUAUAAAAGGAUAUAAUUCCUUUUUAGAUGAUGAAGUUGACUAUAAAAAAUUACACCAUGCCAUGAAUGGCUUCUAUAACAGCAUGUGUCAAGAUGGAGAAAUAAAACCGUUACUGUUAGAAGAAGGACAGGUUUGCGUGGUGUACUGCCAGGAGCUCAAGUGCUGGUGCAGGGCGGUGAUUAAGUCCAUCAUGUCUUCGGCCGGCCACUGCCUGGCAGAGUGUUUCCUUGUGGAUUUUGCCAAGUACAUUCCAGUCAAGUCUAAAAACAUCCGGGUUGCAGUGGAAAAGUUCAUGCAGCUUCCCUACAGAGCGAAAAAAUUUGGACUGUUUUGCAUAAACCCAGUCACAUUACACAUUGACUUCUGUGAAGACAGUGCUGAAAUUGUGCCCGCCAAGAAGUGGGACAGCGCUGCUAUUCAGUAUUUUCAGAACAUUCUCAAAGCUACUACCCACGUGGAAGCCAAACUGUGUGCUGUGGAAGAAGAUACUUUUGAGGUUUACCUUUAUGCAACCAUCAAAAAUGAGAAAGUUUGUGUUAAUGAUGAACUGGUUGCAAAAAACUUCGCUUGUUAUGUGUCACCGAAGGAGAAUAAAAUCCUUGAUUCUCUAGAGAAGUCAACAGUGAAUAAUAUAAAGUCAGCAUCCUUCUCCAAUAAACUCAAUCCUGCACUUAGUCUUUGGCCUAUGUUCUUGCAAGGAAAAGAUUCUCAAUGGAUAAAAAAGAAAGCUCCAAAGUGUAAUGCAGAUUCAUUGAGAAAUUUACCUCAAGAGAAAGGUGAAAAGAAAUGGCAGUGCAUCUCUUUAAAAGGUGGAGAUAAGUAUGUUGGUUUAUCUCCAUACUGGCCAGCCAAAAGAGGUUUAACCAUUUACGCUGAUCCAGAGAUUCCAACAGCAGGUGUUUCCUGUCAGAAGCCAACCGAGAAACCUAGAUUGACUGAGAAGAAAGAAUGCAAUGAAAAGAAUGGCUGUGUGAAAUUAUUGCAGUUUUUAAACCCCGAUCCUUUGAGAGCUGGUGGAAUCUCUGAUCUACAGCAGUUGCAGAAGCUGAAGUCAGGGAUGCAGCAGCCCUUGGUGGUGCUCCGGAACAAGAUCGAGCCCUGCCUCACCAUGGAGACGGCGCCCCUUUCAGCUGGCCUGAAGAAGGCUCUUCAGAAAAAUAAGUACCCAGGACCCAGCCACACCGAGUCUUACUCUUGGCCUCCCAUAGCUCGUGGCUGUGAUGUGGUGGUCAUCUCUCACAGUGGAAAUGACCCUCUGUUGUACCUCCCCCCAGUGCUGACGAUUUUGCAAACAGAAGUCUGCUAUAAAUCAUUGCCAAGUAGACAUGGACCUCUGGCAGUCAUCGUGUGCCCAGGGUGGAAAAAGGCCCAGUUUAUUUUUGAAGUCUUGGGAGACUACAGCAUGUCCUCCAGGCCCCUUCAUCCUGUGCUGUUAACAGUUGGACUUCACAAAGAUGAAGCCAAAAACAUGAAGCUUCCAAGAGGGUGUGAUGUGAUUGUUACCACACCACAUAGCCUCUUAAGACUCUAUACGUAUCAAAGUUUGCUGUUCCUUAGACUCUGUCACCUGAUUUUGGACGAGGCGGAAGUACUAUUCUCUGAAGCCAAUGAGCAAAUGCUCACUAUAUUGAAUAACUUUAAAAAAAUCAUAGAGGAGGAAGAAAUGGAGUCAGCACCCCAUCAGAUUGUUGCAGUUGGCGUUCACUGGAACAAGCACAUAGAGAAUCUAAUCAAGGAAUUCAUGUGCGACCCCUACCUCGUGCUCACCGCCUUGGAAGAGGCUGCCCUGUAUGGCCGGGUCCAGCAGGUUGUGCGUCUUUGUCUAGAAAGUGAGAAAACUUCCACUUUACUUCAUACGCUGGAUUUCAUUCCAAGUCACGCCCAAAAGACCUUGGUCUUCACCUGCUCUGUGGCCGAAACAGAAAUAGUGUGUAAGGUAGUAGAAAGCAAUUCAAUAUUUUGCUUGAAAAUGCAUAAGGAAAUGGUUUUUAACUUAAAAAGUGUUUCAGAACAGUGGAAGAAGAAGUUAAGUUCUGGCUCUCACAUUGUAUUGGCUCUCACCGAUGACUGCAUACCUCUUCUGGCCAUCACCGAUGCCACCUGUGUGAUUCACUUCAGCUUCCCUUCCUCACCCAGAGUUUUUGGUGGGCGUCUGUAUUGCAUGUCUGAUCAUUUCCAGAGUGGACCAGAGCAGGGUUCACUUCCAGAGCAGGGAGCCAGGAGAACCAAAUCUGUCUUGCUGCUCACGGAGAGAAACGCAUGCCACGCGGUUGGUGUCCUGCGCUACUUGGAGCGGGCAGAUGCCCAAAUCCCGUCGGAGCUGUAUGAGUUCACCGCAGGGGUUCUGGAAGCCAAAGAACAUGAAAAAGCCAAGAGGCCUCUCUGUCCAUAUCUUAAGGCUUUUGGUUUUUGCAAAGACAAAAGGAUCUGUCCCGAUCGACACUGCAUUAAUCCAGAAGUGGAUGUGCCAAGGAGAUUAUCUAACCACGCACUGCCAGCAUCUGGGUACAUUAAAGUGAUACCGUUUUACAUUUCGACUGCAACAAGUUACUUUGGCCGUCUCAUUGAUAAAUGUGUGGAUCUGUAUGAAACUCUGAAUGCUGAGAUGACUGAGUAUUUUAAAGGCUGCAGUAAUAAAAUUAUGGCCGAAAAGGUGGAGAAAUUCGGGUUAUAUGGAUUAGCAGAAAAAACACUUUUCUACAGGGUUCAGGUGUUGGAGUUGAGCCAAAAAGAAGACGCGUGGGCUCUGGACAGUGUCCUUGUGAAGUUCAUAGAUGAAGGCAGGACGGGGCUCGUCACAAGAGACCAACUAUUGCACCUCCCCGAAAGCUUCCAUACCCUUCCCCCACAAGCUGUGGAGUUCAUUGUUUGUAGGGUGAAACCAGCUGACAAUGAAAUGGAAUGGAAUCCAAAGGUCACCAGGUACAUUCAUCACAAAAUUACUGGAAAGGUGCAUGACGCGAAAGUGGAACUGGCUUUGGGAAAUACCAUUUGGAUCGAUCCAAUGGUGCACAUUACAAAACUUUCGAACUUGAGGACUUCUGUCAUUGACUACAACGUUCGGGCCGAGAUCCUGUCUCUGGGAAUGGGCGUCGAGAACUCGGAGCACACAGAGCAGCUGAGGAAGUUGUGUGGAAGAGCAGAAAUGCCGGCUGUGCCAGAAACUCUGCUCCCUCCUGCAGCAGAAGGUGCCGCUGGUCUGCAGAGCCCCGCCACAGAGGCCCCGGCGUCAGGAGGAGAGUGCGAUGCUGAGACCAACUCAGAAAGCCCAGAGCAUGAAGCUUUGUCUGAAAGCAGCAGGGCCGACCCCACUCAGCAGCCUCCCCUCCCAGACCUGAGAAGCUUCCACCCGCAGGUAAAGUGGUUUCAGAAGGACGACGUGGUCAUCCUAAAGAUAAAGCUACGGAAUGUGAAAGAAUACAGGUGUAAAUACUUCAGAGACAGGGUCAUUUUCAGUGCCUGGGUGGGAGACAAACGUUACGUGGCCGACAUGGCGCUGCAGGCCAACAUCCUGAAGGGUGAGUGCCGGUGCAGCGUGAAGAACGAGGAGCCCCUCAUCACGCUUGCCAAGGAGACGAGGGGGCCCUGGGGAGGCCUCCUCAAGCAGAGGAACCCGCACGUGGCGUUUGAUUUUGAUCACUGGGAAGAGAGAGAAGAGGACGACCACUUCUCCAAGGUUACGUAUUCUCAAAGUCGAUCAAGCAAAGUGGCAGAAGUAGCCGAAGCCAGUGGCGACACUUCAGAGGCCAGCGAAAAUGAGAGUGAAUGAGGUGUGGACCAGUCCCCAAGAGUGGCCCGGAGGCCGGGUGCAAACAUGGGCGCAGUGGUGCCGACUAGACGCGAGGAAAACAAGCAGCCAUCUCCAUGCCGGUUCCCACCUGACGCAGACACUACCAUGGCCAUCUUGUGGCACCGGGACUUGGGUGGUGGUGAAAAGUUCCUCUCGAGGUGGCCUUUGGGGGAUCUGGGGGUGCCAGCUGCUGCCGGGGCAAACAGCCCCAGCGCCCGGGAGAGCGGGCCUGCCCUCAGCGGCAGCAGCUUAGAGGUUCUCACCCGGUUAGCAGACAGCGCUGUGAAAGCGUUCGUCGUUUUUUUCCGACACUUAAUUGUACUCCUGUUUGAAGUUCUGGUUACCGUCCAUAGGGCAUAGCUGCCAGCUUGUGGAAGGUAACCAGUUGUCAUCUCAGAUGUUGUUGCUGCUGCUACGAUAUGUACUGAUUUCACGGUUGGGGUCAACUUUGGAAAUACAGGGUAAAAAUGACUUGGCUUUGUGCUUCUAAACUUGCUUACAUACAGCUGUAGUGCGGAUGACUUCUGGGCUAUGUCAUCAAUAAAGUUUUUGUGUUUUCACAAA